CUGUGGACAUUCCUUUCGUCUCGAUAUAUAUCAUAUUAAAUGACAUAAUAUACGCCAUUUACCUCCUUAAUACAUAAAGAACCGCGCUCUACCAUCUAUUACAGACACAAAUAGAUCAUCUACAAGCAAAAAUGACUUCAUACCUCAUCACAGGCUGCUCUCGUGGCAUAGGCCUAGAACUCGCAACCCAACUUGCUUCAUCAUCCGAUGUUAGCACCAUUUUCGCAACGGCUCGCAAGGAAUCACCAGCGCUCAAGGAUUUGAUCCAAAAGUCCAAUGGUCGCGUAGUCUUGAUCCACCUCGAAGCCACAGAUUCAUCGAGCAUCAAGCAAGCCGCAGUAGAUGUUAAAAAGGCUCUUGGAGGAAAUGGACUUGAUGUUCUGAUCAACAAUGCAGGAAUUCAGGAUUAUACUCCAAAAGGGCCUUCCACGAUGUCCGCAGAUGACAUGACUAAUAUCUUCUCUACCAAUGUCAUAGCCGUGCAUCUGAUUACACAGGCUUUCUUGCCAUUGUUGGAGAAAGGGAAUCUGAAGAAGAUUGUGAAUGUUACAUCGACAUUGGGAUCAAUUGGCCUAGCAGGAACCUUCCUACAAGCUCCAACACCAGCCUACAAAAUCUCGAAAGCAGCUCUCAACAUGUUGACCGUGCAAUAUGCUUACCAGCAAGCGGAUGCAGGAUUUACAAUUUUCUGUAUCAGCCCCGGCUGGCUGAAAACGGACUUGGGAGGAGUGGACUAUGCAGAUCUUGAAGUUGGUGUGGGUGCAAAGGCAGUUUUAGACAAGGUAUCUGCUGCAACGAAAAAUGAUAAUGGCACAUUUAUGAACAUCCAUGUCAAGGAAUAUGAGAAUGCUGAGGGGGCAAAUAUAUACGAUGGAAAGAAUCCUCCCUGGUAGAUAAGGUUCUAAUCAUAGGCUGUGUGAAAUAAAAAUUGUCUAUCAACUAUCAUCCAGCAAG